CAGAGGGUCGGUAGAGAGUCUUUUGGUGCUCUCUCCGUCGCGUAAUUUCUGUGUCUUUUCCUCGCUGCAUUUCUUCAUCUCUGUAAGGUGGUCUAGUUUCUAGUUUGAUUUUGGAUUCCGUUUCGCGAUCUACGAGAACGAUCGCGAUUUUUGUUUGUUGUGAGAAUUCAUCGAACAAACGAUUUGUAGAAGAAGAUUUAGAGUUCGAUCGAUGGAGGACGACGAUUCAUGGAAUGUUCCCUUUCAAGUUUCAUCUUCGCGACGCUACCGAUCUCGGUCCGGCGUGUACCAAGGAGAUCAUGAAGAAAUCGAAGAGGAAAAUUCAAGGGCUGAAUUUUUAUGUCCGUUUUGUGCCGAGGAUUUUGAUAUCGUAGGUCUUUAUUGUCAUGUCGACGAGGAGCACCCGGUGGAAGUCAAGAACGCGGUAUGUCCACUAUGCACGAAGAAGGUGGGAAUGGAUAUUGUUGGCCACAUCAUCUCACAACAUGGGAGCCUUUUCAAGGUGCAGCGACUCAGGAGAUUGCGAAAAGUUGGAUCCAAUUCAACAUUUUCGAAGCUAAGAAAAGAGCUUAGGGAAGGAACCUUGAGAUCCCUUCUUGGUGGUUCUUUACACUCUGCCCCCACAAGUACUGAGCCUGAUCCAUUGUUGUUCUCAUUUACUUCUAAUCUGCCUACGGUCAGUAAACCUGCAAGAGUGCAGUCUCAGUCGUCAGCUGAAGUAACUUCGUCACAGGAAAAUCCCAAGGUUCUUCCAGAGAGGAGCAAUGUCUCAAGGUUGCCGGCUUCAAACAAGGAUGAAAAGGAAAAGGCUCAGAAAUGUGAGUUUGUACAAGGGUUGUUGAUGUCCACUAUUCUUGAUGGGUUAUGAUUGGUUAUGGGGUCGUCGGAAAAGGAGACCUUGCCAGUUAAAGUACGGAACCAUGAGCGUAGGUUAUCGGGAUGGAUCGGUCUGAUUUUAAUAUUGCAGCAGGUGGCACGGCAAUAGUUAUUAGGGUAAACUAUGCAAUGUUCUAUUUUCCAAAAGUAUAUAUGUUCAUAGAUGGAACGAUGGAAGUUCUUGUUUUAUCAACAUUUAGUAUUAUGAUGAUAAUAUGCUAAUGCAACUCUUAAUCAUAGAUAACGGGCCGAUCCCCUAGAACUUAAGAGUUUGCUUGGGAAAAUAAUGUUAAUUUCAAGCUAUUUAAAGUUGCCUUUGCUAUAAAAUGUGUUUGUAGACUUUGGUAUA